AUGGCCGCCUCCUUGUUCUCCUUCUCUUCUGCUCCUGUUACCUCGCAGAACGGCGAGGCGUUGAUCACCUGCAGUCACAAACGCCCAUAUUGCAUUUCGAGUCUGGAGUUACUCACUUUUGAGCUCAUCGAGGCUCUCUUUCGCUCUAGUGAUGGUCAGAAUCGUCUGAUAUUCUCUGCCAUCACCCAUGGUACUGCCUUGGCUGCAUUUUCUCCCAGUUUUCUUCAUCAGUAUGCGUGGAUUCCAGCAUGUUUCAAAUUAGCUGCAGUGGGCUUGCAGCACUGCCCCGAAGCACGCUCUAGCAACUGUUCUCGAAGCAUAAAGAACUCCCGCUCUCUCCUCGAGUCAAGUGGCUGGCCUGUUUGCUCAGGAGAUUGCCACUCUGGACCCUCAUUCAACGAGCAAUCAAGAAUACAAAGGGCUCGACCAGGUUGUGGUGCCUCGGACAGCUCGUCUCCACCAGAAUCUUUGCAUGGCUUCCACCCAUUAGCGCCAUCGUCGCGUCCGGCCGGCCCCGAGGUCGAUGGAGGCUAUUGGGCAUCCACGACGCAACCGUAUAUCCCAAGCUCGAAAGGUAAUGUCUGCAACCCGAGAGCCAUACGAAGACGUUCUCGUCGGGAGCGGUAUGCCGCAGAGCCGUGUGAGACCCUCCUACAGAUGGCCCCGUCUGCUGUUCUUCUUUUUGAGGCUGAGGCUAUCCAUGUUCCUUACCAAAAGGUCACGGACCAUCCUCGCACCUGUGUUUCCUUCUCAUACUGA